UUAGGCUGUAAGUUAUCAGGCGGAGUAGAGCACCGCCCGUCCCGUCAUACCGGUCACGGCGCUGCAGAGGCUGUCAGGGAGCGAACAAGAAAAGCUGGCUGCCAUGGACGCAGUAAUGCCUGAAGGAUUCCGGUCACCGAAGCACAACUCAAUCAUCAUGCAUCUGUGAAACCAUAUUCAUGCUGCUCCUGAGGACGGAGAGAAUUUCAUACUUUUUUGUUAUUGUGCCUUCCCUUUAAAAAAUUUCAUUGUCAAUAAAGAGCAUUGGUGUCUCCUGGGUUUUUUAAGCUGUCAGAGUAGAGCAGCCAUGGAUCUCAAGACAGCCGUAUUCAACGCUGCCCGUGAUGGUAAGCUGCGUCUUCUCUCAAAACUUCUGGAAAACAAAGCUAAGGAUGAAGUAGUCUUGCUUAUGUCAGAGAAAACCAAUGGUGCCACUCCACUUUUAAUGGCAGCUCGGUAUGGGCACUUGGACAUGGUGGAUUAUUUGCUCGAUCAGUGCAGUGCCUCCGUUGAAAUUGGUGGAUCUGUUAAUUUUGAUGGGGAGACGAUAGAGGGGGCGCCUCCUCUUUGGGCGGCCUCUGCUGCUGGGCACCUAAAAGUCGUGCAGUCUCUUCUUGAUCAUGGGGCUUCCGUUAACAACACCACCCUUACUAACUCUACUCCGCUGCGUGCAGCCUGCUUUGAUGGGCACCUGGAAAUUGUCAAGUAUCUGGUAGAGCACAAAGCUGACUUGGAAGUAGCUAAUCGCCAUGGACACACCUGUCUUAUGAUAUCCUGUUAUAAGGGUCACAAGGAGAUAGCCCAGUUCUUGCUCGAGAAGGGGGCUGAUGUGAACCGCAAGAGUGUAAAAGGAAAUACAGCUCUACAUGACUGUGCUGAGUCUGGAAGCUUGGACAUUAUGAAGAUGCUCCUUAAAUAUGGUGCUAAAAUGGAAAAGGAUGGCUAUGGCAUGACACCACUUCUCUCCGCCAGUGUUACUGGGCACACAAACAUUGUUGACUUUCUUACUCAGCACCCACAGACAAGCAAAACUGAACGCAUUAAUGCACUUGAACUCCUUGGUGCCACUUUUGUAGACAAAAAGCGGGACCUACUGGGUGCCUUAAAAUACUGGAAGCGAGCUAUGGAUAUGAGAUACAGUGAUAGAACUAAUGUUAUCAGCAAACCUGUUCCUCAAACGUUGAUAAUGGCUUAUGAUUAUGCUAAAGAAGUCAAUACUGCUGAAGAGUUAGAUAAUCUAAUUGCAGAUCCAGAUGAGAUGAGAAUGCAGGCACUUUUAAUUAGAGAACGUAUUUUGGGCCCUUCUCACCCUGAUACAUCGUAUUACAUUCGUUACCGAGGGGCUGUUUAUGCAGAUUCUGGGAAUUUCAAAAGAUGCAUCAAUUUAUGGAAAUAUGCUUUGGACAUGCAACAGAGCAACUUGGAUCCUUUAAGUCCAAUGACAGCCAGCAGUUUGCUGUCUUUUGCUGAGCUUUUCUCCUUCAUGCUUCAGGACCGAGCAAAAGGUCUUCUGGGCACCACAGUUACGUUUGAUGACCUAAUGGGAAUACUGUGUAAAAGUGUAUUGGAGAUUGACAGAGCUGUCAAACAAACAUUAUUGCCUCCUGACCAAAUCCAGCUAAACAAGGCUCUCUCUAUUAUAUUGCACUUGAUCUGUUUGUUGGAGAAGGUUCCCUGCAGUUCCGAGCAAGAGCACUUAAAAAAGCAGAAUAUAUACAGAUUCCUCAAGUUGCAACCUAAAGGGAAGAACAACUUCAGUCCUCUGCAUCUGGCUGUGGACAAAAACACCACUUGUGUUGGUCGCUACCCUGUCUGCAAAUUCCCUUCUCUUCAGGUAACUGCCAUCUUGGUGGAAUGUGGUGCUGAGGUAAAUGUCAGAGAUGCUGAUCAAAACAGUCCCCUGCACAUUGCUGCUCUAAACAACAACCCAGAUAUUAUGAAUUUACUUAUUAAAUCUGGAGCACACUUUGACUCUACAAAUGCUCACAACCAAACUGCCUGUGAUUUGCUAGAUGAAAAGGAAAUGGCAAAGAACUUGAUCCAACCAAUUAACCACACUACACUGCAGUGUCUUGCUGCACGUGUAAUCGUGAAACACAACCUACAUUACAAAAGAGAAAUCCCAGAGAAGCUAGAGAGCUUUGUAUUGCUUCAUAGAUGAUGUUUUUUUCUAGGACUUCUAGUACUAUUGAAGGAUGAGCUCCGACUGUUGGUUUCUUACUCAAGCAUUGCUGUUGUGUUACACCGGUUAUAUUUCAGCAGAUUGUCAUUAUUGUUUUGGCUGCAACAUCAUCGUAGUUCUGAAGAUUGGUUACCCCAUAUUUAAACAUAAUUUUGUCAUAAACAAUUGGUUUUCAAGGUCAUCUUAAAUUGUUCUUGUAACAUCAUCUGCCAAAUUGGUUUGCCUGUUAAUGUUAAGGGGACUAAGCUUUAUUUUCCUUCCUAUGCCUUUACUGAUGGCUUCUUGCUCAUGCUGAUUGUUGAUUUUUUUUUUUAAAGUUAACAUUCUCUCUGCCCAUGUAAUCUCAAAACUUUUUUUCAGUGCGUGAAUGGAUAUUUCUAUUUAUAUGGACCAUUGCAAAAUUGUAAAAGCUUUAUGAACAUGUUAAUGUUUGCAAUUACCAUAAGUGCUUUUAUCUUCUCUAUGCACUGGCUUAGACAUGACUGUUGUGUGUUAGAAACUUCUAUGCAGCAUUAUGCCUACCAGACUCAAAAUGCUACCCUUAGUUUCACCUAAACGUACAUUUCUACCAGUUACAAAUCAGCAUGACUUUGGUUCAACUUAUCAGCUGUGGCAUCCUACAUAUGCUGCCAUUAACUUUGUGGAGCACUCUAAAUAUAUUUGCCAAUAAAACAUAGUUUUGCUUUUGUACACCAUAAAGUGAGCUGAACUGUGGACAGGUUUCCCAAAUGGAGAAGGUGGUUUAUGUCGAAAGACUGUUAUUUGGCUUUUACAUUCAUCAGUAAUUUGAAGUUUUCCCAGGUGAAGAAAAUAAUGCGCACACACACACAAGCCUGUUUGUGGCAUGCUGCAAUACUAGUCCAAACUAACACAUGCAUAGUAUGACUAUACAGAUGGUAGAAAAUGGUUUAAAGCCAGGGCUUCUCAUAUUUUGUAUUACCGUCUCUUCUGUUUUAAGUAAUCAGUUCAGGUAAAUUGCAUGCCUUGGUUUGCUUCUUUAAUCUGCGCUAGACCUUUUCAAAGAAACACAAACCUUGGUCCUUUGCACAUGGAGCCUCUACAUCAAGAUAACUAUUUUUUAUAUCUACCCAACAUGCUUGUUUUUCUUGGCAGGAAGGGCUUUCUAGACAUGGUCAGGGAAACUGAAUUGUAGAGCGCACAUGAGUAAGAUUCAGGUGAUUAGUAUAACACAGCACUUUACUGUUGGUUCGGUAUCACAUUUAUAAUGGCGUAUUGGCCUUGCAAAUGUCUUACAAUAAAAAGUUAUCAAUUUAAAGAUAAA